AUGAUAUCGACUUCAGAUGGAAUCACUUUUAGUGAUAUUGUCUUUACUAAUGGAACUACUAUAAAAGAAAGAAUUGAAGGAUAUAUUACAUUAACAUUUAAUAAACCAAUAUUUAUAAAAAAUAUAUUAGUCUGUUUAUCUUCAGUUCAUUAUUUUGGUAUUACACCAUUAGGCGGAGUUGGGUCUGUAUUAAUUGAUGAUGAACCAAAUGAAAAAAUGUGGACUGGAAUUGAAAGGAAAAUAAUACACUCUGAAGAAUUUGAAGUUAUUUUUAAUCAUUAUGUAACUGAAGACCGUAUUACUGAAAUGUGUCCGGGGACAUUUAAAUAUGCUUUUUCUAUUAAUACUAAUGAAAAUUUUCAUAUUACAUCAUUAAUGUCAAAUGGUGUAGGUAUUUGUUAUGAAUUAUAUCCAACAGUUGUAUUAUUAAAAGGAAGAAGAGUACAUGGAAAACCAACAAUCGUCCCAUUAUUAUAUAACAACAUUGAACUACCUCAAUCAUUAUUAGAAAGUUGUUAUACAAAAAAAGAAUAUAACAAAUAUGUUUUAGAUAUUUUAUGUGAUACUGGUUGUGGUUAUCAAGGUGAUGAAUUGACUGGUAAAUUUUCAAUUACUAACAGAGGAAAACAAUCAAUUGAAAAGGCUGUUCUUCAUUUUGCUACUAUUGUUAUGAAUACUUCUAAUAAAACUUUGUCACAUGAAAUUAAUAGUUCUACAUUAGUAUAUAAUAUUCCUAUUGGUACUUCUACAUUCACUUAUAAAAUUAAUAUCCCAAUGACUACACCACCAGAUGUUACUGAUUCUCCAUUAUGUAUACAUAAUGCUAUUAUUUUAGAAUUUAAUUCUGGAAAAGUUUUAAAGAAAAUUAAAAGGAUUGUUUUACCAAUUGCUGUAUUUGCUCGUACUCCAAAUUCAAGAAAUGUUGAUGAAUAUAUUAAGUCUAUUAAAAUUGAUACUUUAAGCCCUUGUUCAUUUGAUGAAGUUCCUUAUGGAUUACCACCAAAAUAUGACUCUUUAUGUCCAAAGGGAAUAGAGACUAUUUAUACUAUAGAUAACCAAGUCAUUGACAUUAACCAUAUUGAACAACGUAACUCAAAUUUCCUUGAUUACCAAACUUCUUGUUUACCUCCAGACAUGAGUGUUGGUUGGUCAAAAAAUCAAUUAGUAUUUAUUAAUCACUCUUUCAAGAGUGUCUCAUGGAAUGAUCCAAGACCAAAAAACGAACGACUUCCUCAACAUAUUAUUAAUGAAUGUAACGGUUUAUUAACAAUAAAAAUUGAAGAAACUAGAGGAAUUCCAUUAAGGUCAAUAUUUUGUGUAAAAGAUCUCACAAAAAAGAAUUAUAUUGAAGGGACUAUUGAAAUACCAUUAGACUCAUCCCAAAAUAAUGUAGUAUUUACAGUAAAAUACAAUAAGAGGUAUAUUGGAUAUAUUGAUAUUGAUUUAAAUUUACUCCCUAUUGACAGAGGUAUAAGUUCAUGGUUUUUCCUUAGAGAACCAGAAGGAAGUGAAUUAGGAUUUAGUGGAAUGGUAAAGAUGCAGUUAGUGUAUAGUUCACAAACAAUAAGCUCACCUAAAAUAUUUGAAUAUCCGGCAUAUAUUUCAACACUUCAUUUUCCUUAUUACUAUGUAACUCCAACAUUAAAAAAACUCAAUGACUUGCGUAACAAAAUACUUCAAACAAAUGGUCAACAACCAUUCCUUACUUAUAGUAAUAAUGAAGCAAUUAUAAAUAUUCCUCAUUACUCUACUAUUUAUCUUACAGUACCAUCUUUUUUCCCUCUUCCUAUUCCUUUAUUACGUAGUAAUGCUGGGUACAUUACAUCAACAAAUAUAAUUGAUGUAGAAAUUGCCAAAAAAAGGAGACCAAGUGCUAGUGUUUCUGUAACAUUAUCAAAUAAUAUUUCUCAAACAACACCACCAGGAUUAAAUAAAAAUUCUUCAUGCCCAAGUCAGUCACCUAAAGUAAUAACACCGACACCAAUUCAAACAAAAGAAAAACAGCCAAAUGUUUCAAUCAUUCAUGAACACACAUCAUCACCAACUCCAAAAAUACCUACUCUUUCUCAAAAUAAAGAAAACCAGUUAAUCUCUCGAAAAAGAAGAUUAUCGUUAGGUAACUUUUUAUCAAAAAAAUCUCAUAAUAAUUAUGGAAUAUUAGAUGAUUAA